GAUAUGUUUGUGCGCUUCCGAAGGGCGCGGGCGUUGGAUCGGCCGCGUUCUAACAGGAAACACAUGUUUUCAGCUGACAGCGCUGCGGAGCGGCCGCACAAAGGGCAACAAAGAGGAAAGUUGUUGUUGUCGUCCUGCGAGGCUCGUUGGGGGUAAAAGCGCAGGGUGGGGUUUGUUCAGGCACCGGCAGCUUUUAAGGGACGCGAGCUCCUCGAUGCAAACUGAAAAUCACAGGCGUGAUCAUGAUCAGGUCUCUGGGAUGUUUGAUUCUCCUCUCCGCUCUUUGCUGCCGCCUGGCGGACAGUGUGGAGCCGCGCCGCACUAAGCGAGGGACGCGUUUCUACCGAGGUGAGCCUGAGCGGCGGCCGGCUGCACGGGCGCUUUUCAUUGUUCACGUCCAGAAGUCGUCGCCUUCCUCUGCCGCACGCUCGCGUUGCGUGGACGCUGAGACGUCGGCGCUGCGUCUCUUCGGGGACACGUGGCUGCGAUGGAGGGGACAGCGCGUGGAGUACUGUCGCUGCACGCUGAGGGGACAGGAGCUGUGUCACACUGUGCCCGUCGUCAACUGCUACGUGUCUCACUGUUACAACGGCGGGACCUGUAAGGAGGCCGUGUACACCGCCGACUACAUUUGCCAGUGUCCGGAGGGAUUCAGCGGGCCGCAGUGUGAGAUCAACGCCAGUGAGAAGUGCGUGGUGGGAACGGGCGAGAGCUUCCGCGGCACAUGGAGCCUCAGCCGCUCCGGAGCAGAGUGCCUCAACUGGAACGCCACGGCCCUGAGGGGGCGGAGGUUCACGGCCAGACGGGCGGACGCCGGCAGCCUGGGGCUGGGAAACCACAACUACUGCAGGAACCCUGACAACGACAGCGCUCCCUGGUGCUACGUCUACAAAGGCUCUCAGGUGGUCUGGGACGUGUGUUCUCUGCCUAAAUGUCCAGAAGACAGGUUGGCGGAGUGCGUCCUGGGCUCCGGACGCUCCUACAGGGGCACGGCGUCCGUCACGAGGAGCGGCGCCCGCUGCCUCCCGUGGGACGCGCCCGCCCUGCGACGCAAGCUCUACAACGCGUGGAGGCCGGACGCGCUGCAGCUGGGGCUGAGCGGCCACGGCUUCUGCAGGAACCCGGACGGCGACGCGGGUCCCUGGUGUCACACCUACAGCAACGCGCAGCUGACCUGGGAGCUGUGCGACGUGCCCAAGUGCUCGAUACGUCCGUCUACGAUCACCACCCUCGGCCCCCGGGCCCCCACCACCAACAACAACAACGGAGCCACGUGUGGCCAGCGUUCAGACGACUCCCAGAACCGCCCGUCGUACCGCAUCUUCGGGGGAAGGCUCAGCAACAUCACGGAGCAGCCGUGGCAGGCCAUCAUCAACGUGUACCAGGCCCGCAGCAAGCAGCACUUCUACCGCUGCGGAGGAGUCCUCAUCGACUCCUGCUGGGUCCUGUCUGCUGCUCACUGCUUCGAGGAGAAUGAAAAGGCCGAAAGACUGGAAGUGAUUUUGGGAAGAACAUUCAGGAAGCAGAGCGAAGGAGGGGAUCAGGUUUUUGAAGUAGAGAAGUACUGGAUCCACGAGAAGUUUGACCCAGAGUCGUUUGAUAAUGAUAUUGCUCUGCUGAAGCUGAAAACGGACAUCGGCGUCUGCGCCAUAGUCUCCCCGGAGGUGGCGCCCGUGUGUCUGCCCGACCCCGACCUCGUGCUGCCCAGCUGGACCGAGUGCGAGAUCUCGGGCUUUGGACGGGCCAAAGAAUUUUCAGCAGAAUACGCCGAGCGCAUCAAGCGCGGCUACGUUCGCCUGUGGCCCAACGAGCGCUGCGUCCCUGACGCGCUGUCCGGACGCCUCGUCACCCCCAACAUGCUGUGUGCCGGCGACACCCGGGGCCUGGACGACGCCUGCAAGGGAGACUCGGGCGGCCCGCUCGUCUGCAGGAACAAGGAGCGGAUGACGCUGGUGGGCGUGGUCAGCUGGGGCGACGGCUGCGGCCAGCGGGACAAGCCCGGCGUCUACACCCGCGUCAGCAACUACAUCGGCUGGAUCGACGGCAAGGUCAAGGAGAGUCCAGUGUAACGGCACAGCCGCCACCGGACCAGAGGACCGGACCAGCGUGCAGGAGUCUGUCCUUCACUUAAACCACGUCUGUGGAGGCUUCACGGCAGCAGGGCCGCUCCUGCAGAGGACGGAGAGGCCCGCGGUUCUGAUCCAAACCGUGGGAACGGAACCGUCCGGACAUGAACUCUCUCUCCUGCCUUCGAGCCACUUGGAGCUUGAUCAUAGUUCAUAGUUUUUGGUUUCCUUAGCGCUGGCGGCCCGGGUGAACCCAGGUUCGAUCCAGUCCUUUUACAGGCGACCAGUCGCUCUGAGGGACGUUCACGGACACAGUGUCUCACAGCGGUCCCGCUGUACGUCUGCUGGUUCAGAUUCUGCUCCUCGUCCCGUUCUCCUGCCGCCUGGUGCCGUAGCUGGGACCAGCUUCGGUCCCGUCACACUGGGUUGAGCCCAGCAUCUUUCUAGCACUUGACGUUCUACAAUAAAAUGUCUCAUCGACGCCAGAAGUUUUCAAACUUUUUUACGAUAGAAACCUGUUUUGUACUAAUUUAAUAUUUAUGUGUGUUGUAUAUUGCUUUAUACCAGUAGAAAUGUUUGUUAAGUAAUUUAUUGUCUUCGACAAGUUAACCAAGUUUGGUAACAUAGUCUUUUUUUCAAUAAAUAAUAUUUGGCAUAAAA